ACACACACACACACACACACACACACACACACACACACAGAGUUUCCGAGAGGUUCCUAGAAAUGUGCAGCUAACGCGGGGCGGGUUCCUCCUCCUCGUCCCUCCGAGGCUCUCCGACAGCUUCCCGCGCCCUCCGCCCGGACUGAGAUGGGAUGAAAUGGGAUCAUUCAUGUCGACGAAGACCGGGGUGAUUCUUGCAAUAACUGGCUUUGUGUUCCUGCUCCUCACAGUGCCUGGGGCCUCUGCAGAUGUGAAGUGUGAGAAUGUUUAUCGGGACUUCUCUAACUGCGUCCUGACACUGGGAGAGAGCAUGGACAACUACCAGGAGAACGUGACCAGUGAGAGCGGAGUGGCUGCGGUGUGCAGCCACUGGGAAGCUUUCCACACGUGUGCCCUCACGGCGCUGUCCGACUGCAAGGAGGAGGUCAGCUCCAUCUGGGAGACCCUGAGGCAGGACUCCAGGAAGAUCCGCUUCCAGGGAAGUCUGUUCGACCUGUGCAGCCCCAGCUCCUCCCCCCGCAUAGCUUUGCCUUUUGCUGCUCUCUUCCUGUCACUGGUGCUGGUCGUGUCAGGGCCCGGCUGGUCCCCCGUAUAGACGGGGCGUAGUGCACGUGGGGCGGGGGUGAGACGGAGGGGUGGGGGUCCUAGUCCACGAGUUUCAGUCCUGCUGAACUCAAAACUUAAAGCCAAGGAUUUWAAAAAAAAUGUUUUAAAGGAUUAUUUUGAUGCAGAGCUACACACGUUCUAUGGCAGGACAAUCAAUAUAAUAUUUGUUUUUUGAUGAUUAAUGUUUGCAGAUUAAAGCAAUCAGACAAUUGAUUUUAAAUGUUGUCAACCGCCUGUGACUCUGGGCUGCUAAUAAACACGGGUUAGACACA